AUGGUUGACAUAGCGAAGUUAGAAAGUGAUGCCCGUCAACAUGCAUCGAAAGCUGUUGAUCUCGAUUCGAAGGGCAAAAGUGAAGACGCCGUUUUCUUCUAUAUUGAAGCUGCACAAGCAUUAAUUAGUGUUCGUGAACAAUUAAUGUCCAACCGGCAACAAUCAAAAUCAUCGUCAAUUGAUUUAAAUGAAAUUGUCCGUCUAAUACAUGGAUACGUCAAGCGUGCUGAAGAAAUCAAAGCUAGUUUAAAAUCAAAACCAACGCCGAGUGUUCAUUUGAAAAAUACGUCGGAGAAAGGUGUUGAACGUGCUCGAUACUUACUGACACAAGCACUUGAUGAGGAUGAACGGAAGCAUUAUGAAGCUGCUUUCAAAUUAUAUGAAGAAGCCAUCAAACUCUGUCUGAGUGAGAAGAAAACUAAUGACAAUGCAAAAAUCAAAGAUCAAUUAGAAAAAAUAGCUUAUCAAGCUUUGGAACGUGCUGAAGAAUUAAAACGUACGGAGCUAAAUACUUCAACGCACGUGCGUUUGCCAUCACCACCACGCGAAGAGGUUAUCCAAAACGAGCAACAGCAACCGCUUGAUAUCGAUCAACAAAAUGUAAAUAUUAUUGAUAACAGAGCCAAAUUAUCUUCGCAUGAGCUCGAUGUUUUACGACGUGGAUCGAAAAUAAACGGACGUGAUUAUGUUCCUUUCUUUAAUAUUGAUUUACGUGAACGUUUUGCAUAUCAAACACCGUUUAAUGAUCCACAUGGACCAUUGAAACUAGCACCAAAGCAACAAACACACUUUUCACGAUGGGCACGACCUGAUGAAAUCAUGUCAGAGCCGAAAAUGAUCAUGGCAUUGUCAUAUUUUUCCAUCAAGCAAGAUCUUAUCUCUGAUUGCUCAUUCGUUGCCAGUCUUGCUGUUAGUGUACAAUAUGAAAAAAAGUUCAACAAGCGUCUGAUAACUUCAAUUAUCUAUCCACAAAAUAAGCAAGGUGAACCGAUUUAUAAUCCAUGUGGAAAGUACAUGGUGCGAUUCCAUUUGAAUGGUGUUUGGAGAAAAGUGAUUAUCGAUGACACACUACCAGUUGAUCGUUCGGAUCGUCUACUCUGUUCGUCAACUACUAAUAAAAAUGAAAUCUGGGUCAGUUUACUAGAAAAAGCGUAUAUGAAAGUCAUGGGUGGAUAUGAUUUUCCCGGUUCAAAUUCAACUGUUGACCUACACGCAUUGACUGGUUGGAUACCUGAGCUUGUUUCUAUUCACCAUGCUGAAGCGGCGUUCGAUAAAGAUAAAGAAUUCGAUCGCAUGUUCGAACGUUUUCAUGCCGGACAAGUACUGAUUACAGUGGCAACACCGAAUAUUUCUAAGGAAGAAGAGGAACGUAGCGGUCUUGUUUCCAGCCAUGCUUAUGCUCUACUCGAUAUGCGUAAAAUAAAUGAACAUAAAUUAGUGAUGUUAAAAAAUCCCUGGUCACAUUUGGAAUGGAAGGGUAACUUUAGUGAUUUCGAUACACGUAAUUGGACACCCGAAUUGAUCAAAGCACUGAACUAUGAUCCUAAAUUGCAAGUUGAUGUUGAUAAUGGAGUCUUUUGGAUUGAUUACAAUAGUUUGUGUCAUCACUUUGAAAAUUUUUAUUUGAAUUGGUCGCCGUCGUUAUUUUCCUACACGUCCUGUAUACAUAACUCGUGGCCGGCUAGACAGGGACCAGUCAAAGAUCUUUACAACCUCGGUGAUAAUCCACAAUACGUUCUGCGAGUUAAGCCUAAAACACGAGCAUCAAUUUGGAUUCUCUUAACUCGACAUAUCACUGAACGACAAGACUUCGCUGUGAAUCGUAUUUUCAUAACUCUAUUUGUAUAUAAAAAUGGUGGCAACAGAGUCUAUUAUCCAAAUGAAAUCAAACCCAUCCAAGAUGGUGUGAAAACAAAUUCAGCACAUUAUUUAGUCAAACUUGUUACGGAUGACGCAGACUUACAAGGACAAUCACUGUAUACACUUGUGGUAUCACAAUAUGAAAAGAAUGUGGAUAUUUUUUAUUCGUUACGUGUUUAUUCUACAUGUGAAUUUAGUUUAACUGCGAUGCCGGAUUAUUAUAAUCCACGUUAUCAACAAGAAAUAACCGGCGAAUGGAAAGGGAAAACUGCUGGUGGUUGUCAAAACAAUCCAUCGACAUUUAAAAAUAAUCCACUUUAUCGACUUGAAUUAAACAAUCGUGAUGUGAAUAAUCAUGUUAAAAUUGAAUUGCGUGCACCGAAACAAUUUCAAGUGGGCUUCGAAGUUAUCUGCACAGAAACCAAGGUUUCCAAUGCUGUCGGAGAAUUUCACAAGACAGAAUCAGGUUCAUAUCGAUCAGGAUUUUGUGUUCUAACACUUGGCAAUAUACCUGGCGGUACAUAUACAAUUCGACCCGCUACAUUUGAGCCUAAUUGUGAAUCACCGUUCUUCCUUCAUGUUGCAUCGUCACAUCAGUGCACAUUGAAAAAGAUAGAAUAA